CUACCACUAUCACUACCAGUAGCACUCUCCCAGUCCCAGUGUGACUUGCGAGCUCGAGCGCGCAAUGGCGGCUCGCGGUGGGAAGGCCCUGGUCCUGGCCAUGCUGAUCUCCUUCCUCGCGGUCCAGGGGACCCUUGGGGAUUUCCCAUUCCGAUGCUGCCACUGCGACGAGUACCGCAGGUGCAAGAGCAACCAUCCAGGCCUGGAAGAAGACCACUGCAUCCUGAAAUCCUUCAAGAACUGCAAGCUGACUUCAACCAUGGCUGCCCCAAGGCGGGCUGCAGGCACCGUGUUGGCCCCGACAUGGGUGCGGCCUUCGCAGCCGGUGGUCGCAACCUCGGAGAGGCCGACGGCGCUGGAGAGGAAACAGCUGCAUGAGAGCUGGGCUGCUGGAGAAGAAAUAUUCGGCCACACCCCAGGCUGAGAAUGCAUAAUAACUACUGUAGUAGAAUAAAUAAUGUCAUGCCAUCCUUCCUUCAUAGUACUAGCUUGUUAUGAGUGAAUGUCCUGCCACUUUGAACGUUUCC